AUUAUUCCACAUUUCUCUCACCCACUUUUCUCUCUCUCCGCGCUUUUGUAUUUUUAAAAAUAUAUUCUCCCGAAAAAAAUUGAGAAUCUAAAAAAAAAGUUAAAAAUAAUUGAGAGAGAGGAGAUCGUGAGAGACAGAGAGGCACAGCCGAAGAAAGGAGACAAUUUUUAGGGUUUGGAGACUCUUGAGAACAUUUGGCGUUACCCUUCAUUCUAUACCUGAAGUGUAUUUUGAACGCUCAUCUCCUCGUCAUGGUGGCCACCUCUGCUACAUCCUCAUUCUUCCCUCUCCCAUCUUCCUCUCCUGACCCUAAUGGCAAAACCAACAAAGUCACCUCCACUAACUUCUCUGGACUCAGCCCAACACCAAGCUCUGGCAGGAUGAAGGUUAAACCAAACGCUCAGGCUCCACCCAAGAUCAACGGCAAGAAAGUUACCUUGCCAGGUUCAGUACAUAUCGUUAAGACUGAUAACUACGAUGUCUCAUCACAACACGCACCGAGAACAUUCAUCAACCAGCUACCUGACUGGAGCAUGCUUCUUGCUGCUAUAACAACUGUGUUCUUAGCAGCUGAGAAACAGUGGAUGAUGCUUGACUGGAAACCGAGACGUUCUGAUAUGAUUAUGGAUCCGUUUGGUUUAGGGAGAAUUGUUCAGGAUGGGCUUGUGUUUCGUCAGAAUUUCUCUAUUAGGUCUUAUGAAAUAGGUGCUGAUCGCUCUGCAUCUAUAGAAACUGUCAUGAAUCACUUACAGGAAACGGCUCUUAACCAUGUGAAGUCUGCUGGACUGCUGGGAGAUGGGUUUGGUUCUACCCCUGAGAUGGUUAAGAAGAACUUGAUAUGGGUUGUUACUCGUAUGCAGGUUGUUAUUGAUAAAUAUCCUACUUGGGGAGAUGUUGUUGAAGUAGAUACAUGGGUUAGUAAGUCUGGAAAGAAUGGUAUGCGUCGUGAUUGGCUAGUUCGGGAUUGUAAUACUGGAGAAAUUUUAACUCGAGCAUCAAGUGUGUGGGUGAUGAUGAAUAAAGUGACAAGGAGAUUAUCAAAGCUUCCUGAAGAGGUUCGAGGGGAAAUAGAGCCUUACUUUGUGAACUCUGACCCUAUCCUUGCCGAGGACAGCAGAAAGUUAACAAAACUAGACGACAAAACUGCUGACUAUGUUCGCUCUGAUCUCACUCCGAGAUGGAGUGACUUAGAUGUUAACCAGCACGUUAACAAUGUGAAGUACAUCGGGUGGAUACUGGAGAGUGCUCCAGUGGAGAUGAUGGAGAAGCAUAAGCUGAAAAGCAUGACUCUCGAGUAUAGGAGAGAAUGUGGAAGAGACAGUGUGCUUCAGUCUCUCACCGCGGUUUCAGGGUGUGAUAUUGGUAAUCUUGGGAUGGCUGGUGAAGUGGAAUGUCAGCAUUUGCUUCGUCUCCAGGAUGGAGCUGAAGUGGUGAAAGGACGAACAGUGUGGAGUUCCAAAACACCAACAACAACUUGGGACACUUCAUCGUAAAAAAAAGAAAAAAAAAGUGUACAUGGGUGCUUUGUUUCCUCUGUAAACUUAUACCUGCUACCUGCUUGCUGCAACCACCACCUUUGUAUAUUUCUUCUUAUUUUUGGUUUUAUUUUUCUUUACAUUAUAUUUAUUUAAUUUUUCUAUUUAUUUCUUUGAUUUUGUUAUGAUACAUGGGUGUUGUCUCACAUUACGAUUAUGUUAUUAUUAUUAUCGAUGUAUUUACAUGUGCAAUGACCA